AUGCCCGCCACACACCAGUCUGAAUUCAUAUCCGUCGCGGAGGCUUUUGAGCCGGAGAACACAAAAUCGAAAAAUAAUGGACAAGAGAAGGCUUUUGACCGAUCGACCAAGCACGUUGCCACUGGCAACGUUGGAUUUAAGGCUUUGAGCUUUCAGGUGCCGCGCUGCGGAGUCUCGCACAUGGAGGUAGUACACGACGCCACGGCAGUUAUCCUUCUACUUUCUCGACCUGAACUUGGCGAGUUUUUAGUCGUCUAUAGAGAUAGGCAUUUAAGUCCCACGAGAUGGGCACCAUCGCGUCACAAUACCGAAGAUAAAGAAUCACGAGCAGUUCUAAGCAAUAUAAAAGAAGAAAAUAGAACAAAGCCGUUUCUCGGUGGGUGGAGAAAUACCGUAACCGGCUUGAUCUAUCACAAUGCCAGCACGCAGACAGACGGUAAUCGAACGAAGAGCAAAAUCACGCAGACUGUCGCAAUCGUGGACGCAGUCACUGACGUCAUACACGAUCAAGCGGUGCAAGUGAUGGAGGCGAUACAGUUUUUGCCUGAUGCACGCGACAAAAUUAUUACUCCUGGAAUUUCUUCUUUAGGAACGACGUCGUUGACCGAAGAAGUCAAGUCAUCUUGUCAAGACAAUAACAAAAUUCAUGACAGCGUUGUUAAAAUACAAAGAUGUUACAGAGCUUAUCGAGCUAGAACAGCAGCAAGAGUAAACGAUUUCAAAGUGACAAACAUCCCCCAACGUGAUAGGGCGAACGUAAUCGAGCAUGCAGGAUAUUCUCAGGCACUGUCCAACUACAACAGCACGGAUUUCGUGAUUUUAAAUCGCUGCCCACCUACGGGCUCAGAUUUCGAAUCACUCUACAAUCUACUUGAUCGCUGGCGAAUCCUGGAGGCUGAAAAAACAAAUCUCCUAAAUUCAUCAAAGACUGCUGCCUGCAGACUGAUUCUGUCAAAGGAGAUCGAAUUGUUACGUGCAAUAGACUCUAUGAAGACCGCUGUUCGACUCAGAUACAAGGAACAGAAACGACAAAGAUUUCUGGAUGAAUUAUCCAGACCGGUCACCUGGCAGGACAGUCGGAGCCAGCCGAUCUUGGUAGAUACCCUACGUGUUCAACGAGCCCGCCAGCACAGAAAUGUCUACGCUUCGUGCAACGAGAAUCUGACCGUCGAACGGGUCGAUUUAUUGCACAAUCUGAAACAUAUCGUCGGUAUGCACACAUGCAACCAAUCAUACGAGCUCGUCUAUCUGAUCGAUCAGGAAUUGGACCUCCUAAUGUGUCAUGUGGAAAGGAGCAAGCUCAAUUGGCUCAGGAAUCGACUGAAGCUGAGCUAUCUCAAGUUGGCACGCAAUAUUCUGCAAGGCGACAUUGAGGAAGAUGCACAUCUGUUUGACUGGUCAAACACCAACAUCACGCGACUCUGUAGGACUUGUGGCAGACUCUUUUCCUUGGAAAAGUUCCCUCGCGAGCGACGAUUGCGCUCUUCUUCUUGCAUCUACUGCACGUCUAUACGAACUCAGAAAGGCCCUCGUAUCGUAUAUGAGCCCUAUGAAAAGAUGUUAUGGGAAGUCAGACGUUUCGAGGCCAAGAUGGGCUGCUAUGGCAGUCUCGCCUUUGUAAUUGGAGCCAAGACUGUCUGUCAUUUGGUGAACAAAGUCUGGCAUGGUAGAUCGGGUAUCUCUGAGUGCGACAAUCUCGACGAGCUCAGAUUGACUCGUUUCCGAUACGAGCUGGAAUGGGCACCUUGGAAUUCUCUAUUAUUAACGAAAACCGAAGCUGCAAUUCAUCAUGGGAUUACCGAUAUCGAAAGCUUUUAUGAUUCAUCACUCUUGCAGAAAUUUUAUAUGAAGAAUCUCCAGGCGAAAGUAUAUUUCGAAUCAAUCUCUCAAACACGAAGGAACAUCGUGACACCAUCCUUGGUGGAAGAUCAAUAAUUUCAACGCUCUUUUUUACGUAAUGCACAAAACAUAAGUAAAACAAAAAAAAUCUCUCCUGCUUGGCUGAAGUGCAAAUAAAUUCUAUUCUAUUCUAAGUAAAACAAAGAAUCAUAAAAAAAAAUUGUUUAACUCAAUUCUGCUUAUUAUCACAUACAUGGUAAUAAGAAUUAUAUUAUUUAUAUUUAUGAAAAAGUUGAAAAAUUGCUAAGAUUAUUAUAUUAGCACAGUUUUGUUAUAAGGUAAGGAAGGUCAAUGUCCGAUAUAAAAAAAGAAAAAUCAUGAAAAUUUGUUGGACUUUCAUUUACGAUUCGCGCAAUCUUCACCCGCUGUUGCGAGACUGCAAUUGUUCUCGGUGCAAGUGCGGUACAUGUGUGUUUCUACGAUUCUACGAGAGAAAUUCGCGAGUUGAAGACUCGUCCUAAGCCAAUUAUCAAGUUGUAGAGAAACGUGCCCACCUCCGGAUGUCGGCCGUUCGUCCUCGCGGAAGUUGGGUGUCGGGAAAAUACGUUGAGCUCGCAUUAUAGCCGGGACAUCGCCGUUGUUUCUCGCGUUUUCUCGUGUCGCCUUCAAGGCAGGAUGUCCUGGUCACGUUGAUAGCGCUAGUUAAUCGCGUUGCGAGUUUAUGAACUAAGUUUCUAAGAGGGAAAAGCGUGAAGGCGCAUCAGUUCGACUCAGACAUUUAAAAUGCUGUCCGCGCGCGUGACGAUUUCAGUGUAAUGCGUUUUUUGUUUCCUUCCAGGCUUUUAUAAGGUGAUAUUUUUUAUAUCAGAUGGUCGCCACGAGUUUCUCAAUAAAUGUGAUUGCGAUCGCGAUAUCAACGACGAGAGAUAAUGUUAAAAGACCAAAGAUGUUUAUUUAAAUUAAAGAUAACAUACUACAUAAAAUAUUGCAUUAGAUAAUA